AUGCUGGGGAUAUGCACGCACUUGGGCUGCGUGCCCAUCGGCGAGGCCGGGGACUACGGCGGGUGGUUCUGCCCCUGCCACGGAUCCCACUACGAUAUCUCGGGCCGGGUGAGAAGGGGCCCUGCUCCGCUUAAUUUGGAGAUUCCGGAAUAUGACUUCCCCGAGGAAGGAAAACUCGUUAUCGGAUAGACAGUUCGGGGGGAGGGGGCGGUUAGAUUACUUUAUCUAACAAUUGUCAACAAAACGGAAUAAAUAAAAUCAAGGACCUCUCGCGCAUUACUUGCAAAUCGAAGGGGAUUGGGAUGGGGGAAGCAGUUGGUAAAUUUGGAGCGACGAAACACGCCUUUUUUGUAGAAACCAAUUCAUUAUUAUUUGAUUCCCA